AACUUACAAGUCUCAGAUGGGAAAUGUGAAAAAAGCUGUUAAAGAGGCAAUAGAUCUCGGAUAUCGUCAUAUUGACACAGCUUUCUUUUAUAACAAUGAGAAAGAGAUUGGGGAAGCAGUCCGUGAAAAAAUCAAAGAAGGUAGCGUAACCAGGGAAGACCUGUUUAUUACCACAAAGCUAUGGAACAAUGUUCACAAAGAGGAACUUGUUGUCCCGGCCUGCAAAAAAUCGUUGGCAAAUCUCGGUUUAGAGUAUGUGGAUCUCUAUUUAAUUCACUGGCCAUUCGCUUUCAAGGAGGGUAAUGAUUUGCUGCCUCAAGACGCUACUGGAAAUCUUGCCGAAUCGGAUGUCGAUUACUUGGAAACGUGGAGAGGAAUGGAAGAGUGCGUUCGGCAAGGCUUAACUCGCAGCAUUGGAAUCAGCAACUUCAAUUCCGAGCAAAUUACCCGUUUACUUAAAUCGGCCAAAAUCGCACCAGUUAAUAAUCAAAUUGAAAUUAAUAUAAACUUAAACCAGGAAAAAUUAGUGGACUUUUGCAAGAAACACAAUAUCACGGUAACCGCUUACUCUCCCUUGGGACAACCUGGAAAUUCAUCGGGCAUGGACAACAAAUUAGAUAGUCCCUUAAUAUUGCAACUUGCAAAAAAAUACAAGAAGACGCCGGCGCAAAUAGCACUUCGAUAUGUCUAUCAACACGGAGCUGCGCCGAUACCUAAGUCUGUAACUACA